AUGCUCACAACAGUAACAAAUGCAACGGGAAAUUCGGCUGGUGCUAAACUGAGGUGCUUGUACACGAAUGCCCAAAGCCUCAUAUCGAAACUAGACGAACUAAAACUUUGCCUUGUUGAGCUGUCUCCAGAUGUUUUAGCAGUAACUGAGACCUGGCUGUCCGGGACUAUUAGCGAUAACGAAGUAGCCUUGCCUGGAUACCAAAUUUAUCGGAGGGACAGGGAACAUCGUCAGGGUGGUGGUAUCGUUGUGUAUGUGAAUGACGGUCUGGCAGUGUCGGAUAACACCACCAAGUUUGUGUGCAGUACGGAAGCUAUCUGGUUGACCAUCAAGGCUACCGGUUCCCCGUGUCUCGAUGUCCUCACUGUCUACCGACCACCUCGAACAGACCGAAUCGCCGACACUCAACUACUGGAGCAGUUGAAGAAAUUUUCCAGUCGACCUAACAUCAUGAUCAUGGGCGACUUCAACGCACCAGGAACAAACUGGAAUACCCUCCAAGCGUCAGGUCCAAAAUCGGCAUUCGAUUACCGCCUGUUGAGCAAGACAUUAAAUGCGUGCCUCACACAACAUGUAAUGUUCCCAACGAGAACACGUGAAGGACAAAGGGAAAACUGCCUGGAUCUGGUCUUUACGAAAACACCAGACAGCAUAGACGAGAUCGCCUCCAUGCCGCCCCUUGGCCGAAGUGACCACGUAGUGCUUAUGUGGGAUUAUUCGUUAUUCUCCAUUUCACACACUCCAGGCCACAAAAGGCGUAAUGUUUGGCGGGGCGAUUUCAAUCAGAUGAGGGCAGACUUAUCCGGUCUUGACUGGGGCUCUUUGUUUACGGGAAGUGCCAACGAUGACUGGGAGCUGUUCAAGAAUGUCCUUCUGCAGCUCAUCAACAACCACUGCCCUCUGACUAGUGUAAGACUGAACAAACGCCCUGGGUGGCUAAAUAGCAACCUCAAGAAAGAAAUCAACAGGAAGCACAAGUUGUGGAGAAAAUACUGCGUCACUAGAAAAGCUGAAUGCUUCAACACCUACAGGACACAGAGGAACAAACUGAGGAAGCUGAUAAUGCAGACGCGGCGGGAAUUCGAGAAGAACUUGCUACAAAAGCAACGCAGAACCCAAAAUUGCUCUGCAGCUACCUCCGACGAACUACAAGGAACAGGCAUCAAAUCCCUUUGAUAAAGACUACUGAUGGCGUUGAGAUCGCUGAUAGUAGGGAUAAAGCUGCGUAUUUUUCACAGUUUUUCCAAUCUGUCUACACAAACGAGGCAAGGUUCCUUCCUCCCUCCACAGAAGAACUGCCGACUCCAAGCGUCAGUGAUUUACUCUUCUCAGAAGGCAGUGUCCGAAUAGAAUUAGAGGCACUGAACGAAUCGAAGUCGCCAGGACCAGACGAGAUUCCAUCCAAGCUUCUGAAGGAACUUGCCCGUGAGCUCUCUGCGCCUUUGUCGAUGCUCUUUCAAACGUCAUUUGACACUGGAACACCUCCUGUCGAUUGGAAGCUGGCGUAUAUUACUCCGCUACACAAAGGAGGUAACAGGGCAGCAACGACAAAUUACCGGCCCAUAAGCUUGACAUGCAUUCUCUGCAAAGUUAUGGAAAGGAUCAUAAAGUGUGAACUAAUGCAAUUCCUGGAAGUUCACGGCCUGCUAUCGAAAUGCCAACAUGGGUUCCGAAAAGGAAGAUCCUGCACGACAAACCUGCUGCAAUCUCUCCAGAGCUGGACCCAAGCUCUCGAUGAGAGGCACGCGGUCCACAUAGCCUUCAUCGACUUCCAGAAGGCUUUCGACACUGUGCCACACCAAAGGCUCUUACAUAAGCUGAAAAAAUAGGGAUCGGUGGCAACUUCCUUAAAUGGAUCGAAAACUUCCUUGUGGGUCGACAGCAGGUUGUGUGCGUCGGUCGGGGAAAAUCAGAUCCGGCUAUGGUCGAUAGUGGUGUCCGCCAGGGUUCAGUACUGGGACCCAUUUUGUUCCUUAUCUACGUGGACGAUGCCGCAAGAGAUUUGGACUGUGAAGUAGCAAUGUUUGCGGACGACAUGAAGAUAUGGAGUGUAAUUCGUGGUCCUGCCGAUGAAGACAGACUGCAGAUGAGCCUGAAUCGGUUGGAGGAGUGGUCAAACCGUUGGCUCCUGCGGUUCAACGUUGCCAAAUGUAUCAUACUUCGCCUAGGCAAUACAGCCAGAUCCGCCAGCACAAGAGGCUACUUUCUGGGCGGUGCAGCCCUACAAGAGGUCAAAGCCAAAAGGACCUCGGUGUGCUUACGACGAGUUCCCUAA